AUGGCAAACAUGUCGAAACAGACCAGCAACGUUGUGUGGGUCUCUCUGAACAUGAUGGUUCUGUUCACGGCGAUUCUGAGUCAUGAAUUCAUAAUGGAACCAUUGCUCCAUGCAUAUGCAUCAAGAGGAACCGGUGGAAUUCAGGAAAAAGAUGGAUAUUUGGCGUUGUGUAUCGUUUAUGCGUUCAAUGCAGUCGGAUGCUUUGUGGCGCCGUGGUUGGUCACAAGAAUUUCGGGAAAAUGGUCCAUGGUUGUUGGAAUUUGCACAUUGUUCUUGUACGAGUUCGCUUAUCUCUUCCCAAACCGCAUAUCAAUCCUCUCCAUCUCGUGCAUCGUCGGAAUCGGAACCACAUUCCUCUGGGUUGGACAAGGUCAAUACAUCAGUGAGAAUGUGUCAGACAAUAAUCGCGAGAAAAAUACUUCGAUGCAAUGGGCGUUUUUCAAAAUGAGCCUCGUUUUUGGAGGUCUUUUUUUCUUGGGAUUUUUUCAUGGAGCAUCAAUUGAGAGUCUCGUGGAUAAUGGACAGACUCAUAUCUCGGGAAUCAUUCUAGCUAGCUUGCUGAAAAUUGGUGCGAAUUCUACCACAGUCAUUUAUAUUACGUUCACUGAAUUAGCAAUUUCUAGUGUGAACGAGAAGACAGCUACGCGAUUGCUUAGUCGACUGCCGACAGAUAGGGUUCAAAUCUUUGUAAUCUUCUUUAUGAUCCUCACCAUCCUUGCCUCGAUCAGCACAUGCUUCCUUCCCCAGACCGACAUGUCCCAAGAUCGAGCACCCGAACCAUUCCUUCGAGCAUCAGCAAACUUCAUUAAACAACUCCGCCAGAAACGAAUCCUUCUUUUGUCGACCUUCUUUUUCUAUACAGGAAUCUCAAGAUCGUUUUGGAUUUCCAUCUACCCGGCAUGCAUCAAGUUUACCUCAAGACUCUCCUCCAACACCACCACCACUCUGGCCCUUGGAAUGGUUGUGACCGGUGUUGGACAAGUGGCUGGGUCACUCGCUGUGACGGCUUCAGGAAGGAGGGUUCGAAAACUCGGAGAGCACGCAUUCAUCAUAUUGGCUCUGAUUAUUCAUAUUGUGCUAUUUGUCAUGAUCUCGCUCAGCUUUCCCAAUGACGCUCCACUUGGACAUACAAAAGGAACUGGGCCCGUUUUCGAUCCAACAGUCUCAAUGACCAUGACAAUGUCAUUCUUACUGGGUUUCGGUGACGCCAUUCUCCAAACACAAGUCUACGCCUACAUUGCCAAGUACUACCAAAAGGAGAGUGGAUCCGUCUUCUCGUGUUUCAGAUUCUUUGCGGGCAUCGCCUCAACCAUCAUGUUCUUCGUCGCCCAAUUCUUCAAUCUCGCCGAACACCUUUGCAUUCUGAUCAUUGGUGCGUGUGCCGCAGGAAUUGCCAUUGUUCUCUUCCACCAAUCCGUCAACCGAUCUUAUCAGCAAAAAACUUCUGUGGUCGUCGUGUCCGUGAUGCCAACCGCCAGACGAACAGCACCACAAAACGCAAUCGCUCGAGUUGAAGCGUUGACCUGA